GCUCUGACAUAAAAGGCAGGGGCAGUAGUGACAGUACCUCUGACCGCCCUCUAAUCAAAGAUCAGACUCAUUCUGUUGUUAGUUCACACACUUUUCUUAUUAGUUCACACUGUUGUUUAUUUUUUUUCAACCUCUUCUAAUUGGAGGGAGACUGUAGUGUUAUGUUAUGCGUCAUGUUCUCACUGUCUGUAGAAAGCCCUCACAUGUUGCACCUUUCCAGUGCACAUCUUGAAUAGUCCAUUCUCUAUUCCAGAUGGGGCUCUGUGAGGAAACUUAAGAGAAGGAGCUGUUUGUUUAUUACUUAAGGAUAUGUCCCCAGAAAUAAUAUGUCAGGGUUGCAGUAGUAAAAGUGUUCCAUUAAGAAAAGUCUUCUGGGUUCUCCUGUUUGAAAUCAUACAUAUCCAGGAAUGAAUUUAGUAUUUUUUGAGAAAUGGGGGCAAAAUGAUACUAGUAGCAGAUUUCUCACAGUAUUUACAUAAUGGAACUAUGGUGACUUGUACAAAUCCAUAAAAGAGGAUUUCAAUGAUGCUCAUAUUUUAUCAGUAAGACAAAAAAAUAAGAUCAUGGUGAAAGGUUUCUCCAGACCUAGCAGUCCAGCAGUAUGGUAUUUGCAGUAUGGUAGCUGAAAGGAUCUCAAAGCAUCCCAGGGUCCUAUGGUACCCUAGUUGAGAGAGGCACACAAGGGAGCCCUAUCCUUUAUCCUCCCUAGCCUGAAUGAGCAGGCAUCUAUUUACAGCAGUCUCAAGCAGGGGCAGUCUUCAGGAGAAGUUGAGAUCUGUGGUGCUCAAGGUUUUGGCCCUGUGGGUCAGUUGAAUACCAUAGGACUGGUCUGUGGACCAGAUAGAGCUCUAUACCAACCUCAAGUGCCAGGUUCCGGUUCUGGGGCCCUGCUCCACCCCUGCUCAGCCCAGUGUGCCAGGAUUGGGCCCCAUGCAGGACUGUGGAUCCAUGGGAAGACCUGCAAGUUGAGCACCCCUGGUCUAGACUCUACAGAGAACCUUAAACUCACACCUUUGCACUUAACUGCUCUGCCUUGGUGCCCCUCCUUUAAAAGGACUUCAGGUGGAAGCGGUACCCCAUAGUGCUGGGCUCAUAUAAACAAAGUAAGAAAAUACUUGUGUUGGAGUGCCGCUCUCCACAGAAGUGGACAUAACCCUACCUGAAUUAACCUAAACCAAGCAGAGGUGGUUAUGGUUUUGUAUGCUCCUGUUUCAUUCCUGGUCUUCAACACAUCUUGUGUUUCAGUCCUGACCUUCCUUGGAGCAGAGACUUACAAUCAGGCUAACCCAUGACACUCUGCUGGGAGGAAAAACAGGUGCUAAGAUGAGACUACAAAGGCAGUUUUUUGCCUAGAGCUUAAGUCAAGGUCUAAGGCUCAAAUUUUGGGUCUCUGAGAAUAGGUGGCAAGAGUAUUAAAUUUACAUUGCAUGCCCAAGCCUAACGUGUCUUCAGUCCAGGCUCCAGCUAGAUUGUUGUGGAAUGUUGUCCUGGGCCUGUUUAACAGAUUCAUUGUACUGCAAUUUGUUCUAGUUAAAAAUUGCAGCAGGAGUUAUGAGCCAGUAGAUAUGUGGCUGAACUCGUUUGUGAAGUUUGUCAAGUUUGGGUGUGGAGGGAGGAAGAAUAGGAAAAGUGGUGGGAGAGCGAGACAGGAUUUACUUGUGGUUUCAGACAUUUCCAUGGCUAGAUAAUGGACUGUUAUGUCGCUUGGUUUGCCUUAGGGUUGUCAGCUGCUGAAAUGUGGACUACAAUAACAGUGCAUCAGCUGAAUGCUACAUUGGCUAAUACACUUUGCCCAUGUUAAUAGUAGCACUGAACUUCUUUCCUAACAUGAGCAAUAUUUUAGCAGCAAGACUGAGUUCUUCCUUCAUCGUUAAUAUCCCUAAGUGUAUCUCCUCCUCUCACUAUACACCCACUACCAUCAGACCAGCAAUAGCUGUUCUUGGUGAGACAGUUGGCCUGCCAGCUGUGACAGACACCAACCAGAUCAGAUCCCUCCGCAACUUCACUGACGCCCCCAUUUACUAUGCGGGAGAAUUCGCAAGUGUCUCAUGCAGGAUGGCCAGGGCUCUUGUGAAAAUGGACAUAGAUGAUGAGAACUAUAAGCUGACCACAAUUGUAGGCUACCAGGUGGGAGCAGAAGUCUGUGAAAACACUAAGGGGCCCUUCUGCAAUCGAGUCCUGAAGCCAUCCUCAUUCUACAGGGUGAAUUUUUUUGUUUUGGAUGAAAAUGCUGUAGUAAGAGCUCACACAGAUUGGUCUGAUCCCAUCCAGACAAAUAAUGUGACAAGCUUCUCAGCCUAUGAUGGUUCAUUUGAAGGGAGAGCAGGAGGAAUGAUAGUGAUCACCGUGCUGCUUUCUGUUGGCAUGUUCUUGGUGGUGGUUGGUUUAAUUGUGGCAGCAGCUCUUGGAGGUAGAAAAUCCUAAAGCUGGCAAGUCAAGAUUGCCUUCCAGAAUGAUGCCGACAACAGAUAUGGAUGAAAUGGGUCCUGGGAGUCAAAAAUAUGUUUAUGUAAGCAGUGCUGUGCAUAAGAGGGAACAUGAACAGUUAGAAACAGUGGAAAUCAGAAAUAAAGAUGUGUAAUUUAUAAAGAGAAAAAACUGUGUACGGCCCAAUUUAGACAGUGACAACGUUUACACCAACUCCUAAUGUUAGAGAUAAGCCCAAAAAACCCCUCAAGACCUGACCAGUGCUCAAGCUGGGUUCCAAAUUGAUUUGGAUCUUUAUCUUGCUAACCAACUGAAGUGGAUAUUGGAGGUAUAUAGCACAUAGAGCACAAGCUGUGACUAAAGUAUCAAGGAAAAACAUUGUUGAGGGUGAUAGGUUGAGUUCUGUAUCUCAGGUUCUGUUCACUUGGCACAAUGCAGUGCUGUGCAGAGGCACCUGGGUAUAAGAAGCAGUAUAGUUGCAUUAGCUAAUGAUGUAGCUAUAUUGUUUCUGGUACCUGAGUUGGAUUUGAGUGAGCUCAAGUUGGGUAUCCAUGCAUAGCACUACCUUGUGUCAAGUAGAUAUACCUUCAUUGUCUUAGACCAGAGGGGGCCGACCAUUUUGGCAGGGGUACUGGAAAUUAACCCCUCACCCUCCCUGAGUGCCACACCAGUCCCUUCCCUCUGUCUGAUGUGCUGCUCUACUUUUUGCUCCCUGCCCUAUCUGCUGCUCUGCUUUCUGCCUCUUACUUACCCUGUGCUCUCUGCCUGAUUUGCUGCUCUGCUUUCAGCUUAUUGCCUCGUCUGCUUUUGUGCUGCCUGCCCCCUCCCCAGUCUGCUUCAUACCUCACACACAGACUGCUUGUGCCACUUGUAGCACUUGUGUGGCAGGUUGGCUACCCCUGCUUUAGACCAUCUUCUGUGUUAGUGGCUAUGUAAUGUAUAAAAGCAAGUGACUGUAUUGCAUGUAAUGGCUGAAUGUGGUAUACCAGGGUCUAUAUAUCUUUCUGUAUACAUGCACUGAAUUUCCAUUUAUCUCUUCCCUCCACCAUGAAUCAGAUGAUACCAACUUUGAGUGUGAUGUUUCUUUUUGGCUGGACAGGUUGUAUGCUGCAGUAUACUAAUCAACAUAGUAGCUGGUUUUAGAAGCCUGGCCUUAAGAGGCCAUUGAGUGCUAGUUCUGCUCAUUGUGCUGACUUCCAUGUUGAUGUCGAGGAGAGCUGCAGGUGCUUAAACUGUCUUAAGUUCAGGCCUUUACCCCCACUCAUCCAAAGGGGCAAGUAGUCUCCUCAAGAUUAAGUGGCCAUGGCUAAAACUGCAGCAUUUUUGCUUGUGUUACUUAGGCUUGUUGGUUAAUCUGCUAAAAUUGAGCUGAAAGAGCUUAUACUGCUUGUAGCUCAUAGACCUGAUAUCUGUGGUCAGAAUUUGCUGUGAUGGUUUGGCAACUGAACUUAAACCUCUUUGGAUGUGGCCAGAGAAAACAGUACUGCAAAACAGGUUGAAAUUAUGGAAUCUGAAGGAAGACCUCAAUAUUUGUGAAACAAUUCAGAGCUCAUAGUUAACACAGUGAAUAGGCAAGACUGGAAAUCAAUGUUAUACAAACUGGGACAUAUUCUGCUCCUGGCCAAACCUGUGCAAAACUCAGUGAACUUGAUGUAAAUGCAAAGUAUUAGUUUAGGUAAAAUUUGGCUCUUUGAGUUCAAUCCAAAGUCUACUGAAGUCACAUGGGAACCUUCCUAGGUGACUUCAUUAUACAUAGAAUUAGGCCCUUUAAGUUUUGUAUCUUUCAUUAAACAAACUCUUCCAGGUUUUAGGAAUCAGAUUAAAACAAAUGAUCCUUGAUUACUUUUAUGUAAUAAUGACUUUGUGCCAAGUGAAAUGGAUGACAAUCUGUGAUAAGCAUUAAAAAUAAAUAAUGCCAGGGGAAAUGCUUCUGCAGUUUUCUGAUGUUGCUGAAUUUCACAACACCCGUGAGGGUGAGAAUGUGACACAUUAGCCAGAGUAAAUUCUAAUAACUGCUCAGUAGCUGGUGGUCAUUCAUUAAAAGGGAUCACUUCUAGAAAUGAUCUAAUAGGAAAUCUGUCCUGUGUCACUGAUGUCAUGAUUUAUAAUCCUGUGCAUCACUUUGCCAUAUUUUCAGAAAUUGCACUCAGGUCCUUGGUUUGAUAAAAUGCACAGUAAUCUACUUUAUACUGUCCUUGCUAAACUGUUAUGCGUUUGGGUUCAUAACAUUUUUUUUCUACCUACCGCUAGUCAUUUCUAGGUUGUGAAUUUGGUUUUUGUUUUUUUUCCCCCUUCUUCUGAACACCACUUUGACAUUCAAGUAAAAAUGUAAAUGAUGUCUAUAAAUUAAUGAACUUUGUAAAUAAGUUCUGAUUUAAAUUACAAUGCAACUGAAACUUGCUUGGAAGGAAAGUAACUCUAGCAUGAAUUAAAAAAAUUAAGCUUCAAAU